AUACAAAAUGUAAAUAAACAAACAGGUCCUUGCUUGCGAUUCAUUUUAUUUCAGUCGGUUUUCUGAUUUACACACACUCGUUGUUCGAAGUUAUAGUGAAUAUUUCAAGGAAAUUUUGAUGAAAAUAAGUAAUAAACAUUGCGAAUAAUGAAGAAUCGCCCAGUUAAGCAUAAAACUAAAAAUGCCUUCCAGUUCAAAAGCUUCCACGAUCGCGUAGCCGAAGUUGAUGUCCGCCGGUCGGCCCUAUACUACGUGGAACACGAAAAUGAAGAACUUGACGAGCAGCAGUGCUUCUUCCAGCAAACAAUUCAGAAAUGGAGUGCGCUCAAUCUUUCCGAGGAGUACCAACAGUUCCAGGCUCGAUUGCGCGGAAUCGUGACCCUUCCACAGCUUUUGCACAAAAAAGACUUUGUUCUGGAACAUUUGCUGCGCAGCCUCGACAAUGCCACGGAACUGUCGCUGCAGGCUCUGCUGGAGUUCGUGGUUGUGCUGGCUAGAGACCUACGAGAGGAUUUCUGUCCAUAUUUUGAGCGCAUUUUCGACAAACUACUUUACUUGUUGGACACAAAGGAACCCAACCAACUGGAAUGGACAUUGUUGUGUUUGGCGUUCCUCUUCAAGAUCAUGCGCGGCUAUCUUCGCAAAAGGCUGGAUUUCAUUUUCGGACGCAUUGUGAAUCUGCUGGAUGAUGCAAAACCUCUACACAUUACUAACUUUGCGGCAGAAUGUUUCAGCUUUUUAGCGCGUGACGUUAAGAACAAACAGGAAUUGGUCCUGAUGGUGGCGACUGCUGCGAAGAACAAUCCUGCUGUGACAACUGGAUGUGGUCGGCUUUUGUUUGAGAUAAUGCGCGGAGUCAAUGAACAGUUCCAUAGUUGUGCAGAUGACUUUUGGAAAUUGCUCAUUUCAAAUCUUUUUAACGAGCCGGAUGGCAAUGACACCGGUUUCGACCCAGAGAUUUUGUUCAACAUUCUGGUGCAAACUGUUUCUGAUAUGCUACAAUGUGUUGCUAGUGCGAACUUGGCACCAUUUUGGAACGCAAUCUACAAAGCUGUAGACAAAUGUAUGCCCGGUGGCGACGCAGUGGAAAAUGAACCAGCGCUACACUACAUCCUACAGUUGAUUGGCAUUGCUGUGGAACAUCAGCAUGGAAGAUGCUUGAACAACACUUCCCAAAUGAUAGGCAUUCUGGUGAAGGUGGCCAAUCAUACAGAUUCGGAGCAGAUACUAAUCAACGUUACAAAGAUUGCCACCAUCAUGAUGUUGUCUAGAAACCUGAACAUCACUCAGCUGGAUGCCAGUCGCCUGUCAAAAAACAUCAUGACCAUUGGACCCCGCUCGAGAACUGUGUUCGAGGAGUUUGUGCUCGGAGUUGUGGAUUAUGCCAUGUUCGAGAUUCUUAUUUUGCCGGAUUAUCUGAAAUUCUUCGAGAAGAAUCUUGAUACGCAAAGUCUAAAUCUGUUAGCCCGAAUAGUGACGAAAAAAUCUCCGCUUUGCAAGCAUGGGAUUAAUCUAGAUCGGUGGAAGCAGUUUCCGGUGAAGCUUAAGACGGACAAUGCAAAGCAGAAGGUUAUGGCAUCGUUAAGAGGUGGGCUGACCCAAGGCAAUCGAACGGAUUAUCUUCUGGCAUUGGUUCUUUUGCCACAUUUAGUGGAUUUCGACCACGAUGAAGAUAUCGUCCAGUUGUUGGAGCAGAACAUUACUACCAUGUUGUCCAAUCCAAACAACAACCAACUAACCAGCCAGCAAUGUGAAGCCCUAACUAUAAUGGUGGAAGCGCUGGUGCACUGCAAGAACGAUAAAUUGAAGAUCCUCGUCACGAUCGCUGAAAAGCUAGUACCGAUAGUGGUGAAAACCAAUCGAGACCAUCUGCUAAACGUGAUUAAUCUGUGCUUAGCCAGAGUUCAUCAGUAUAAACCGCAGAUGCUGACCGAAAAACUGUUCGAAACUAUCCACUCCCGAUUAAGCGAUUUGCUGGUAUCGGUGCGUCAUAGGACAAGACUGCUGGUAACCCAUAUGUUCUCGCUGUUCAACGGCCUUCCAAGGCUAGCCAUUAAAAAUGAGGAUCAAUCAUUGUUUGAUGUGCUUUAUGCCAUAGAAACUGUCGAGCCGAAUAUCUAUACCUAUCGGGAGCAAGUGAUGCAGCUGAAGAAAUUGGAAUUCGAUGCCAGUCUGUUUCAGGGAAUGAGCGAUGAAGCGUUUCGAUUGGAUGCGAUGAAGUUUGUUCUUUCGUUAUUGUCCGUGAAUUUCAAAUUGCUGUGGGAGCCUGCUAGCGAGGUUCUGACGACUUACGCCGAGGAAUUGGCAGUGGCCGAUUUUUGGAAGAUCUACAAACAUCAGUUGGACUAUGCUCUUGAGAAUAUUAGUUGUUUUGUUACACCGGACAAUGCGGAAACUAGUGAUGACAAUGUUUUCGACUUCGUUGAGGAUGAAUGUAGUGACAAGGUUGAUUUUGUCAAUUAUCGCGUUCAAUUGCUUGUAACGCUGUCCAAGCUAAACAGGAUCUUUGAAUCGAAAAACCGAGAUAUUGUGGAUGCGUUUCUGCAGUUUAUAAAAACAGAAUACAGAGUGAAGCAACAAGCUGAAGGUGAGGCUAACGAUUCCGCUCCCAAGGCAACCCAGAAGAUUUUGAUUGCGUACUUGAACAUAUUCGCCAAGGUUAAAAAUCCGAAAACUAUAUUCAAGUCGGAGAAACUGUACGAGUUGUUUGAAGAGCUGCUGACCCAUCGUAGUUUCGAGGUGCAAAAGUUGGCCCUGGAUUGCAUAUUCACGUACAACAAUGCAUCCAUUGCACCAUAUAAAGAUAAUUUGUACCGUCUGAGCAGUGAAAAGACUAUGAAGGAAGAAAUGCAAACCUUUUUCAAGGAGGACGCCGGCGUCGAAAAUAGGUUACGGUGUGUGGUGCUGGAUGAACAUCGUUCGGAGGUGGUUCCGUUGGUCAUGAAAAUUGUUCAUACUAGAAUGAUCCAGAAGGUGACGCCCGCAGAGCUAAAGGCCCUACUGCUACGCUUCGUAGGCAAUUUCCGAGAGGAUGAGAUAAAUCGUUUCAUAAGCAUGUCGUUCUCAUAUUUUGAGAAGUUACUGCGCUCCAAUCCUCUGGAGACCUACCAAGCCAUCAGCAAGAGCGACCAUCGAUUCGAGGAAGACCUCCCGGUCUAUCGUAUACAGGUUCUCAUGAAAAUGAUAGACAGCAUUCGGGAACAAUUUGGAGGAUUGAAAGACGAGUCGUUUAUUCAGUACUUGCUCCAUAUUAAGUUUUGUAUGGAUGCAAUCCUCAUGCAGAUGGAUCAUUCCAUGGUGAAACAGUUGAAAUCACAAGCUCUCAUGAAUACGGUGGAAUUUUUCGAUCACUUCGACAGUUACAGCUGGACUCCGGAAGAGAUAGAAGCCGUUUUCGCCAUCUAUGUGCGACCCCAGUUGGAAAAACUGGAAACGGAAUGUAUUCACUCGCCUACUCCACUUCUGAAGCUGUUCAUUACUUGGAGCAAAAAUCCCCGUUACUAUCAGCUUCUAGCGCGAUCAUUAUCAGAAGAAGGAUUUGUUUUACAAUCAACUCCCAUAGCGCGUAUCGUUAGCUUAUUGAACGGAGAAAAAACAAGCGACGCGGUUUGUCAAGAAAUACUAAAGAUGAUCAUUUCUUUGCUCACCUUGGACACCAGUGAAACGGAAAGAAUCACGGUUUCCAACAGUCAAACCGUAGACAGCACAUUUAACGAGGCCGAAAUGAAUCUCGGAACUUACCUGCUUAUGCCGUACGUUAUGGACAUCAUAUCAUACAUCCAGAAGAUAAUGAAACGUAAACGGUCAAUAAACAAGGAUCAUCUGCUAGUGUUGUCCCGAAUUGCUGAGUAUGUUAAAAAUGAGGAAUGCUGCGACGCUAUAACGGACAUGUUGCUACCGAUGAUAGUUAGAAGGGUUACGCUGCCCAACGUAGAUAUGGACACAAUCCAGCAGAUGCAUGUAGCACUUCAUUCGCUUCUGAAAAUGGUUCCACAUCCGGAAAAGCACCUGCGCAAGAUUGGAGUUUUGUUGGAACGAGUUCUAGAUUUGGCUACCAGGAAACUGAUUCGCCAAAUGGUUCAGCUCAUCGCGGAAAAAUCCAACACUCCAGAACAUACUCGCUGCUCUGCGAUUCUUGAUGACAUGAAUGCCAUGGAUAAACGCUGGCUGGAACAACCUGAUUAUGAGCGUCGGCUUGGGGCAUUCCGCACCAUCGAUCGUAUGAUGGAAAAUGGAGAAACGAUUGGAAUCGAUCUCACCAUCCUUUUCGUGCAUCAGUGCUUCUAUUAUCUUAAAACCGAUAGUGACCUAGCUGUUCGUGAUAACACCAAUCACUUCUUGCGGAAAGUUACAAUACAUUCGAUCAAAAUGUAUGGCAGUGACAAGAAAGCAGAAACUCAGUAUUUGAUCGAACGCGUUAUACUGACUGCAUUGAUGAAGGGUAUCAAGGAUAAAAACGAGACCACCAGAAAUGAAAAUAUUCAGCUUCUGGGCGAUUUGAGCAGAGAAUGCGCCGACUAUUGUAGUGUGUUUGCCGAUUUGUACCCAUUUACUAAUAGUCAAGAUCGCGAGAUCGAUUUCUUCGACAACAUCACCCAUUUGCAAAUCCAUCGGCACCGUCGUGCCAUGAAUAGAUUCUGUAAAAUAGCGCAAAAACUUACGAAACUUCCUUCUCCGCACACAUUGAACAACUUCGUUUUGCCAAUUGUGUCAACUUACCUGUGCAACGAGACAUACCGCAAGAAAGUGAGACUUACCGAUGCCGCUGGAAGUUGCGUUGCAUUGAUUGGCCGGAUGCUGCCAUGGACUAGUUAUAAGGCACUGUUGAAACAGUAUCUGAACAAAAUGAAGCAUAACAUCGAGUAUCAAAAGCAGCUGAUACGGCUUGUUGUCGCGUUGUUGGAUAAUUUCCAUUUUGAUCUUACCAAAGCCGAUACAGCACUUUUGCAGGAUAUAGGUGGUUUGGUACAACUGAAAGCAGCUGGCAAUAACACAAGUGAUAAUACCGAUGCUGCAGAGGAUGCUAAUCAACCUGACAUCGUUGACGUUGAAAAACAGGAAAACAAACAGUCUAAUGAGCACAUCGAUUCCGAAGAUAAUGAAGACAACGAUGAAGACAAAGUGGACAAGAUAUCUUCAAAAGUAUCAUCGCACAUCACUUUUUCUGGCCUGACCAUACUGGGAAAGGCAAAUGCGGAAAAUAUCAUGUACGACAUCUCCAAAAUACUGAUUCCGGAUCUGUUCUCAGCUAUAAAUUACAAGGAAAUUCCGGACAGCAUCAAGCUCAACGAAAGAAAGGAACGAUACCAGCGUGAAAAAGAAGAGAUGUCCAAAAUCCCAGUUGCAAUAGCGAUUGUUAAGUUACUGCAGAAGUUACCAACAAAGUUUAUGGAUCUGAAUUUGCCUAAACUGUUAAUGAAGGUCAUAAACUUUUUGAAGUCCAACCUAAAACAGGUUCGCAGCAUAGCGAGAGAAACGCUGAAAAACAUGCUUCUAUCUGUGGGCCCGUCUCUCCUAAGAAUCAUUUUGGAGAACUUGACGGCUAUACUUUCUCGAGGUUUUCAACAACAUGUAAUGGUGGUAACGGUGCACACUCUGCUAGAUGCCGUCAAGGAUCAACUUAGUACAGAAGUCGUCGAUGAUAUCUUGCAACUGGUUUUGAGCAUAUGCAUCAACGAUAUAUUUGGGCGAUUGUCCGAAGAAAAGGAAGUCGGUUCUCUCAUCAGUAAAACGCCAGAGGCCAAACCUAACAAGAAGAGUUUCCUAUCGCUUCAAAUAUUGGCGAAGAAAAUGAGCGAAAAAUCAACACUUGAUUUGAUUGUGCCCCUAAAGGAAAUAAUUGCCAAAACUAAUUCAAGGAAAACCGUACUCAAAGUGCAAGAAGCACUUAGCAAAAUUGCGGACGGAAUAUGUGCCAACGAAAACAUCAGCGUCGAAGCCAUACUUAUCUUUGUGUUCGGCAUUACUUCGGAGAGCAUUCCUGAUUUGGUUUGCGGGGGUAAACAAGCCACUCUGUCCGACAAGCAGAAAAAUAAAAUGAAAGAAAAAAGACCAGACAUCUAUCUGAUCCCGGCGGAACCGAAACGGCGAGGUGCUUUCAAUCAAAUUGCGUUGGUAACUAGCGCGAAGACUAAUGCUCAUGUUUUCGUCGAAAUGGGACUAGAGAUAUUGCAUUCACUCAUAAAGAAAAAUCAAGUGCUCUCCGUGGAAUAUGAAGCAUUCUUGGAUCCACUUGUUCCCAUAUUGGUCGACUCUUUGAACAGCAAUCAUGUUAAAGUAACAACGCUAAGCAUCAAAUGCAUUUCCUCUAUUUGGUCUAGCAAGCUAAGCUUGCCUGGGAUUGAGAAGAACAUCGCGAAAAUAGUGGAAAACUUGCUGAAACUCUUGCAUAAGUAUGCCACGGCUGUAAUUGGUCGAAACGAUGAAAACUUCCAAUUGGUGAAAAACAGCUUCAAAGCGGUCGUUACCUUGCUAAAGUAUGUUAAAUACUUUGAAAUCAGUAAUGAUCAACUGAAAAUGUUGCUGCUAUACGUGGAACAAGAUUUGUAUCACAACGAGAAGCAAAAUAUGGCUCUGAUUUUGUUGCGAUCCAUUAUUGGAAGGAAGCUAAUCGCCCCAGAGGUGGCAGCAAUCGUUAAAAAGGUCGCUGAGCUCAGUAUUACCCACGAUAAUCAGAAAAUACGGGAAGACUGUCGCCAGAUUGUUCAGGAAUAUCUGCUGAACUAUGCACUCGGUAAGAGCAUCGAUCAAACACUUCAUUUCUACGUCAGUCAACUGGAGUACGAGAUGGUUGCCGGUCGUGAGUCUGCGGUACAGAUGCUGGAAACUAUCUUCAAAUUAUUUCCAACGGCAAUUCUGAAUAAAAAGGCUGCAUUCUUCUUCAUCACAGUCGGAAUUCGGUUGGUCAACGAAGAAUCUCCAGACUGUCGUGCGCUGGUAGCACAAAGUUUGGAAAGUUUGCUUUCGAGAAUAGACAAAUCCUGCUACGACGAACUGUUAGAACUAAUUCUAACGAUGCUUCAAGGCGCCAAAAUCAGUCAUCGAGAAUUGGCAGCCCAGUUGAUAAUAAGGAUGGUGAACGUGGAGAAAGAAUCGUUCAGCGGACGGCUAAUGAAGGUGCUUCCCGCACUGCUUUAUACGAUCACAGACAUGAACGAAGAAAGCACCGGGAAAUUCGUAAAGCUAAAAUCUUCAGCGGCGCCGCUUGGGGAUGAUAGUUCUGAACACGAAAAGGCAAAAGACCAUUCUCUCGUUCAGACUUUAAAUGCUUUCACCCGAAUUUUUGAAGUGUGCCCUCAUGUCCUAUCAAGCGUCCAGCACGGCGAUUUCAUCGAUGAGCUCGCCUACAAUUUGCAGUCCUUGAUGGCCCAUGGCCACCAGUGGGUUCGACUGGCUGCUCUGAAGCUGCUAGGUUUGAUACUCAACGCGAUAGAUUUUGAUACAGUUCACAAAAUACUGCAAGCCGAAGAAUGUGAUGUGAAACAGCAGUACAUCUAUGGCAACCCACGUUCGGAUGCGAGGUCACUUGUAUUGGAUAUGUGUUCGCAAUUGGUUCCAGCAGAAACGGAAGACGAUGUUGCUUCCCUGGUAACGCAAAAUUUACUCCUAAUUGCAAACAUCCUUAAAGUAAUUCCAUUACAAAGCGAUGCUACUAAUUUGAAACAUGACGACGCAUCCAAGGACGUAAAUCUCUCCUGGUUGAUUCGGAGAGUACGAUAUGUUGUACAGAGUGAAGUUGCAAAAGCUCCAAAAUCUAUCGUUUUGCGCAAGCACAUGUUCCAGUGGAUGGAAGCCCUGGUGGAUUUACUGGACGAAAGCAUGGUGGUCUCCCUAGCACCCUCCAUCCUGUCUCCGGUGACACGCGAGCUGAGUGACCAAGAUCACCUCGACAAGGCGGUGAAGCAGAUUGUGAUACGGUUGGGAAAUAGGGUAAAAUCGAAAAUCGGUAGCGAAAAGUACGAUGAAAUCCGUUUGCGCAUGCAGACCAAGAUCCUUGAGAAACGAAGUGUGCGACAGAGAACGGUUGCCGUGGAGAAAAUUAACAAUCCAGUGCAGGCUGCGAAACGCAAGCUGGCGGUGAAGAACAGGAAAAAAGAAGCCAAGAAGCAAAAGCUGGAAACCAUGCGAACGAUUGGUAAAAGUACGGUAAAAAGCUCUGCAAGUACGAAAGUCAAACGGAGGCGAAUGGAAGAUUUGUUUCAAUAGAGGUUUUACAAAUUUAUUGGUUUGCUGUAAUAUAUAAAAACACACUUUCCUGUUCAUCAA